GAAAAAAAGCAUUCAUUACCCUGAAAUAACGCUGAGCCUUCUGUUAUUAUUCAAUCAUCAAACCCUAACCCUAAUCCCCUGUUCUUUCUCAUAAUAUUCAAAUUCUCCCCGUCGGUCUUGAUUUUUCGCCGUUUUAUCGUUGAAUUCAGCGCAACAAUGGUGCCGCCGGUGAUCUAAACAAUCUAUCGAUUCAAGUUUUUAUCAGCGAAUUGUGGCGUUUACGAGAGAUCUGUGUUGGAAUUGCGUUGUUUCGAUGUUACGAAUUGUAAAUUAUCGCCGUGAAACCCUAGGUUUUGUGUUUUUGGUGCCGUUCGUCGGUUUUGAAACCCUAGAGCAUCGUAGGCACAAAUUUGAUUCGGAAAUGUGACUAGUUUUGAUUGAUUAUAUGUUGAAUCCAUGAGAUCACGGUUUUAGAUGCAUGAAUCUCGUAGAUUAAGCAUGAUUUAGUAGAAUUCAACGGUUUUAUCGGCGAAUUAAGGCGUUCAUGAGAGAUCUGUGUUAGAAUUUGCGGCGUAACCCUAGGUUUUGUGUUUUUGGUGCGGUUUGUCGGUUUUGAAACCGUAAAGCGUCCUAGACACAAUUCGGAUACAGAAAUGUAACUAGUUCUGGUACAAAACUCGAUGAGAUCACGGUUUUAGGUCAUACUGGAUCUGGUUGUGUCGCAUUUUUGGUAUUCAUAUUUCACAGUGAUCUGUUGAACAGAACAGAAAUACAGAAUGGAACAGAAUAAUGGGGGUGGUAGGAGUAUCAUAGAAGAGGAUUUACUUAACAAUGACAAAAUUGUUGGCUACCGUUCUUCCUCGUCUUCUACCUCGUCGUAUUCAAAUCGUUUUGAAGUAGAUGUCGGUGAAGAUGACGCAGCGUUUUACGAGUUUGAAGAACACGAUUCGGCCUCAGGAGUUUUGAAUUCUGAGUCACCAACGAUGACGAGUACAUUGCCUCAAAAUAGUGAUUUGGAUACGGUAUAUGGAGCGAUAAAACAAUCGCCGCCUGUGCAAGUGAUGGGGGAGCCUGCGGGUUAUGAUCUUAAUCGGUCUCCAUCACCAAUGUUUGGUUUAAAGCAUAGAAGUAAUUCAGAAUGGAGUCUAGGAUCUAGUGAUUCGUUGUUUAGUAUCCGUACGGGGAAUAAUAGCUUCUCGUUGGAUGGUGGUUUUUACUUGAGCAAAUCUGGAGAACUUAACUGGAUCGAUGAUAAGUUGUCACCGUCACCGUCACCGUCACCGGGCUUGCCAACGGUGAUGGACACGUCAGCGGAAAACGAACGGAAGAGUGGUAGUACAAACAGUGAAUCGGGGGAGAAAGAAGAAACCGUCGAAACCCAAAAUGCGUCACUGGUUGAUUCCGAAAAGGAAAAAGGAAAUCUUUCCGCUUCUUUAAGUGCCGAUUCUUUUGCAUUCCCUGUGCUUGCAGGAGGCGGUCCAAGUCCAACAAAGGUGGAGGCUGAAAAACCGCAGUCGGCACCAUCAACACCGCCAGCAGAGGCGGCACAAACUACACCUAAAGCUCCACCCGCGACCCCUAAAGCCGGUGGCAACCAAUGGUACCAUUGCUUCUCAUGUUUCCCCAUGUGUUGUUGACGUUUCAACAAUGACACCAUCAGUGAGAUGACACAAGUUUUUGCCCGAUAGUGCCUCGGAUGGCGUUGAUCCAGUAAGUCCCCUAACGCAACGAGAAGCUAAGGUAUAUACGGCUCGACUCAUUCUACCACUUGGUUUAAUGUUUAUCCAGCUGUUUAACAAUACUAAGAACAUGAGGUGGAAUUAUACGCGGGUAUUUGAAAACCCAAGCAUCGUUCGGAUCUAUAGCCGUUGUAAGCAUAUAAUCAGAUAAUCAUAUAUAGAUAUACAUACACACCCAUUCAAAUAAUAUACAUUUUGAUAGUAAAUGGGUACACAAGAUUGGUCGAUUUUUUGGUUCUUGGCUUGGAAUUGGUCUACAAACGUAUAGAUUAAGUCACGAGAUAUCUCAUUAUCCUACAAACUUUGUAUUAAAGAUUGUAUCUAUCCUUGUGUUUGAUCACCUCCAGACUGGAGAGUAAAAGUAAUGUGAGGUUUAUAUAA